AUGGCCGCGGAGCUGGCGAUGGGCGCCGAGCUGCCCAGCAGCCCGCUGGCCAUCGAGUACGUCAACGACUUCGACCUGAUGAAGUUCGAGGUGAAGAAGGAGCCGCCCGAGGCCGAGCGCUUCUGCCACCGCUUGCCGCCCGGCUCGCUAUCCUCGACGCCGCUCAGCACGCCGUGCUCCUCCGUGCCCUCCUCGCCCAGCUUCUGCGCGCCCAGCCCGGGCACCGGCGGCAGCGGCGGCGCGGCUCAGACCGGGGGCACCCCCGGGCCGCCGAGCGGGGGCCCCGGCGCCGUCGGGGCCACCUCGGGGAAGCCGGCACUGGAGGAUCUAUACUGGAUGAGCGGCUACCAGCACCACCUCAACCCCGAGGCGCUCAACCUGACGCCUGAGGACGCCGUGGAGGCGCUCAUUGGCAGCGGCCACCACGCCGGGCACCACGGUGCGCACCACCCAGCGGCUGCCGCGGCCUACGAAGCCUUCCGGGGCCAAGGCUUUGCGGGCGGCGGCGGCGCGGACGACAUGGGCGCCGGCCACCACCACGGCGCCCACCACACUGCCCAUCACCACCACGCCGCCCACCACCAUCACCACCACCACCACCACGGCGGCGCGGGCCACGGCGGCGGCGGCGUGGGCCACCACGUGCGCCUGGAGGAGCGCUUCUCCGACGACCAGCUGGUGUCCAUGUCGGUGCGGGAGCUGAACCGGCAGCUCCGCGGCUUCAGCAAGGAGGAGGUCAUCCGACUGAAGCAGAAGCGGCGCACGCUCAAGAACCGCGGCUACGCGCAGUCCUGCCGCUUCAAGCGGGUGCAGCAGCGGCACAUUCUGGAGAGCGAGAAGUGCCAACUCCAGAGCCAGGUGGAGCAGCUGAAGCUGGAGGUGGGGCGCCUAGCCAAGGAGCGGGACCUGUACAAGGAGAAAUACGAGAAGCUGGCGGGCCGGGGCGGUCCCGGGGCCGCGGGCGGGGCCGGCUUCCCGCGGGAGCCUUCGCCGCCGCAGGCCGGCCCUGGCGGGGCCAAGGGCGCGCCCGACUUCUUCCUGUGAGCGCCGGACCCCGAACCCGCGCCGUCGCCCGGGACAAGUUCGGGCCGCCCGGAGCCUCGCUCGGACUCCGAGGCCCAGGCCGUGGACGCAAGGCCCAAGUCUGCAGGCCUGGACUGGGGGCGCUUCCCGCGGCGCGGCCACUUGCCCCCAUCCCGGUUCCCGCGCACCUUGUCAGUCGCCGUCCUGAUGUCGCUGCGAUUUCUCUGCGCGCCGAGAACGGCGACUUCCAAGGAAACUUGAGCCGGGUCUAACUUACUCCAGAGCGUCCACUUGUACAUAUGUCAAACAUGUUCUCCGUCCGGCCUCCGCCCCUGCCCGGGAUAGAGGCGAGAGCGGUCGCGCUGCCGUCCCUCGCACGCCUCGGCCUGCCCCGCCCUUCCCUUCGUUUUCUUUCUUUCUUUCUGCCUCCCUCUCCCUGUUGGUUUUUUUUUCCUCCUCUCUCCCUUUUUAAAGCGAUCUUAUUUGCGAAGUAUUUCUAUUUAUUUUGCUUGGUAAUUAGAAAAGAAAACCUUGGAGGGAGCCUCCUUCCUUGCCCAGCCGGGUCCGCCCUCGGACGGCGAGUCCAGCAUGUGUCGCUCGCUCGGAGCGCCCGGCCCUGCCUGCCCUCUGCCCGCUUGCCCCCCGCCCCGCUCCCGGCGUUCCCUGGAGAUUGAAGCCGGCACGUCGUCUGUGCUCGUCCAGCCUGCUGCCAUGCUGUACCCGACUACUCGACGGGGGGAGGGGGGUCGCCGUGCUCAGCCGGGUGGGGGCUGGCCCGGAUUCCCGUGCUGCUGUUUCUCUAUGCACCAGAACGUAUCUAUGACUCCUGGGGAAAUAUAUCUUAUUUUAACCUUCAAGAGAAGUGAAAGAAAAAAGUAAUGCACAGUAUUUCUAGCAAAAUUUUUUUUUAAAAUUAGGAGGCUUCAGCCUGAACCUCCUGGCAUGGAGCGGGUGAAAAGUGUUUUUAUUUUAAUUUAAAUUGUAUUUCGUUU